ACUUGUGAAAGUCAAUGUCCUUUCUCACUGUCUGCUAAGGGAAGGUUACUCUGGAAGUUUGUGGGAGUCAAUAUCAGAGGGGAAGAGAGAGAGAGAGAGAGAGAGAGAGAGAGAGAGCAGUGGGGUUAUCAAUGCUGGUAUGUUUUGUUCUGGGUAUACUAAAUGAGCAUUUGAUGUUGAGAGGUGGGUUUUUUGCUUAGCUUCCAUUGUUGUUGCAGGGAAGAAAGAGAGUGAAACUUAAAGAGAGGACUUGAUGCUUGCGGUGUUUCCUCUUUCAUCUUCAUGUGAGAAAGAAACGAAAGAAAAGGCAUAAUUUUUGGAAGCUCUUCUGUGUUGUGGAGGACUCGCCCUUUUUUGGGCUUCUUUAGCUUGUCUCCGAAAAUUGGGAUCUGGGUUUUGAGUUUUAGGGUUUGAGUAUUCUUUUGAUUCUUCCACUCUAUCUUGGGUUCCUUUAAAGUUUGUUUCUGGAGUUGAAUUUUUCCCGGAAAUGGGGUUUUGACUUUUUCUCGAACCAUUUUGCUGGGUUUUGUUUCUGUGGGGCUGUUCACCUGGAAUUUGUUGCAGCUGAGAUUUGAUAUCUGUCUCAAGAUUGCUUUGACUCUGUUUCUUGUUAUGGGUUCGCGAGAAAAUCUAGGUUUGUCGUUCUUGAUCUAGUUCAAGAACCCAUAUCCUCUCUUGUUGCUUUGAGGCCUAGGGCUUGAAAAGGAUCCCUCUUUGUGGGUUCUUGUUAGAUGGGCUAAAUCCCUCUCUUUUCUGGUUUCCUGAGCUAGUUUCCUUUCUGGGGUUUCGACACAGUCAAAAGCUUUCAUGCAUCUUUCACUGUGGAAGCCCUUAACUCACUGUGCCGCACUAAUCUUGGACAAGAAGGGCAGCAAAAGGAGAGAUGCCUCUGAUUCUGCUCCUGAGCUCAAUAAAAACCCGUCUGUUCUUCGAAAACUACAAGAACACAAACUGAGAGAGGCUCUUGAAGAAGCCUCUGAAGAUGGUUCUCUUGUCAAAUCCAAAGAUAUGGAGUCUGAGGCUCAAGCCAAUCAAGAUGAGAGCCUAGGGAAAUCAAGAUCCCUUGCAAGACUCAAUGCCCAGCGUGAGUUCCUCCGUGCCACAGCUCUUGCUACAGAACGAACGUUUGAGGAUGAAGAUGACAUCCCUGACCUUCAGGAAUCCUUCUCCAAAUUCCUGACUAUGUAUCCCAAGUACCAAUCAUCAGAGAAAGUUGAUCAGCUUAGGUCAGAUGAAUAUUCACAUUUGUCUCCCAAGGUAUGUCUUGAUUAUUGCGGAUUUGGGCUGUUUUCUUAUCUGCAAACAUUGCAUUAUUGGGAUUCUUGUACAUUUAGCUUAUCUGAGAUCACGGCCAAUCUGAGUAAUCAUGCUCUUUAUGGGGGUGCUGAGAAAGGCACUGUGGAACACGAUAUAAAGACUAGAAUUAUGGAUUAUUUGAACAUCCCGGAGAAUGAGUAUGGCCUUGUGUUUACUGUGAGUAGAGGAUCUGCAUUUAAAUUGUUGGCUGAAUCAUACCCAUUUCACACAAAUAAAAAGUUAUUGACCAUGUUUGAUUAUGAGAGUCAGUCUGUAACUUGGAUGUCUCAGAGGGCCAAAGAAAAGGGUGCUAAAGCUUACAGUGCUUGGUUUAAAUGGCCAACUCUCAAGCUUUGUUCCACUGAUUUGAGGAAACAAAUUUCCAACAAGAAGAAGAGAAAGAAGGACUCUGCUGUUGGUUUGUUUGUGUUUCCAGUGCAGUCCAGAGUUACUGGGGCAAAGUAUUCUUACCAAUGGAUGGCACUUGCUCAACAAAACAAUUGGCAUGUCUUGCUAGAUGCUGGAUCAUUGGGUCCCAAAGAUAUGGAUUCACUCGGUUUAUCCUUGUUCCGUCCAGAUUUUAUAAUCACUUCAUUUUACAGGGUGUUUGGUCACGAUCCAACUGGUUUUGGAUGCCUUCUUAUCAAGAAAUCAGUUAUGGGAAGCCUCCAGAACCAGUCUGGCAGCACAGGGUCUGGAAUUGUGAAAAUUACCCCUGAAUAUCCUAUGUAUCUGAGUGACUCUGUCGAUGGUCUGGACAAAUUGGUAGGAAUUAACGAUGAUGAAGUUGUUGGAAGCACUGAUAAAACUGCCGAAACUCGCCCAGGGUCACAGCUGCCUGCAUUUUCUGGGGCAUAUACAUCGGCUCAGGUGAGAGACGUAUUUGAAACUGAAAUGGAGCAUGAGAAUAGCUCUGACAGAGAUGGGACUAGCACCAUUUUUGAAGAAACUGAGAGCCUCUCGGUUGGGGAGGUAAUGAAGAGCCCAGUGUUCAGUGAAGAUGAGUCAUCUGACAAUUCAUUAUGGAUCGAUUUGGGUCAAAGUCCCUUGGGUUCUGAUAAUGCAGGUCAGUUGACCAGACAGAAAACAGCCUCUCCCUUGCCGUCCUUUUGGUUUUCUGGGAAGAAAAACCACAAGCUGCUCUCUCCAAAGCCAUCCUCAAAGAUAUACAGUAGCCCAAUAUAUGAUGAGAAAGACGUAAACAUAGGUCCUCACAACGACCACCCCGUGCUAUCAUUUGAUGCUGCUGUUCUAUCUGUUUCUCAUGAACUGGACCGUGUUAAGGAGAUUCCUGAAGAGGAGCAGUUCACAGAAACAAAGCACACCUCACUGAGUAAUAAGAAGAGUUCAGAUCGUUCGCAUUUUUCAGAGAUCGAGGAAGAACCUGGAACCAUUGAACCACAUCCUAGUGGGUCUGUUUUAAAUGGUGACACAAAUGGCUCUCAGCGCAACAUGUCAACUUCUGCCACUCAGAAUCACUCUGCAAUUAAUUACUCAAGCUCUGAAAUUUUACCUGAGAUUAAAGAGAGUGCUAUAAGAAGAGAAACAGAAGGCGAGUUUAGAUUGCUUGGGAGAAGAGAAGGGAAUCGAUAUUCUGGUGGCAGGCUUUUUGGGUUGGAAGAGAAUGAACAUCCUAGCAUGGGAAGAAGGGUAUCCUUCAGCACGGAAGAUAAUCGAAAAGAGCACCUGGGCCAUACUUCAGAGCCAGGAGAAAUAUCAGUAACCAGCCUCGAUGAAGAGUACAGCAGUGAUGGGGAAUAUGGUGAUGGCCAAGACUGGGAUAGGAGAGAACCUGAGAUAGCAUGCCGGCAUCUCGAUCAUGUUAAUAUGUUGGGUCUCAAUAGAACUACCACUCGUCUGCGAUUUUUGAUCAACUGGCUUGUGACUUCUUUGCUGCAAUUAAGGUUCCCUGGUUCAGAUGGGGAUGGUCGGAUGCAUCUUGUUCACAUUUAUGGCCCGAAAAUAAAAUAUGAAAGGGGUGCUGCAGUGGCUUUCAAUCUAAGGGACCGAAAUAAGGGGCUAAUCAAUCCAGAAGUUGUUCAGAAAUUAGCUGAAAGUGAAGGUAUAUCUCUUGGCUUGGGUUUCCUCGGUCACAUAAAAAUUGUAGACAGUCCAAGACGACAUGGAGCUCUGAAUCUUGAAGAUACUACUCUUUGCCGGCCAAUGGAAAAUGGUCGUCAUGACGGAAAAAAUGUGUUUGUUCGUGCCGAAGUUGUCACCGCUUCUCUUGGCUUUCUGACAAACUUUGAGGAUGUUUACAAGUUGUGGGCCUUUGUUGGAAAGUUUCUGAACCCAACCUUUAUCAAAGAGGGUGGGCUCCCAACUGUUGCAGAAGGCUCAGAGACGUGAGUAAUGAGAUUUCUAUGUGAUUUUGUUCCAGUAUCAUAUGUGGAUUCUCUUGGGCAAUGAACAUCUUGGGCAUUAGAGUUGGAGUCGAGGAUCGGAGGCUAAGAGAGGAUCAGAAGCUACUACUACCUUUGAAGUGGUUAGAUUCUUCUGCCCUUCAUCACGACCCUCCGAUGUGAGCAAUGAAUUUGAUAAUUCAUGUUCGUUCUUGUCUUAAUUUCCUCCUUUUUGGGUUCUUGUAGAGUGGGAUUUAGUAUUUGUGCCGUUUUGGGGAGUUAAGGUUACCUUUAAGGCUGAAUACAUGUGAACAAUUCUAACCACCUUAACUUUCUGCCUUUCCCCUAUUCAAAAUUGAAUCUUGCUACUGUAAAAAGUACUCAUUGUGGCUGCUGCAGUUUGCGAUCCUUUGGUGCCAUGCCUUCAAAUUACAAUUUCUCUACUUAUCA